CCUGAUAGACAUCGCUGGCAACAUUGCUCGGAGGAGUGGAUCGGAUGCGGGCCCACAACCUCAGACGUCCAGCGACCGGCGAUCCGAGCAGACGCUCCAAGUAUUAAGACUGUGGUCAAACCGUAAUGAGAUCCGAUUUCAAAAUGAAAACCCAGGUAGACUGAGUUUGGACCACAACCCAAGGAAAACCACUAUGCCAAACGUCCGCGUCGGUCGGGAAUUCCUUGAUUGAACCUAUAGUGUAUACCGCGAUCGUCCGCCAGAUUUUGGCAACUAAGUAUUAUGCUCUCGCUGCUGCCGCACCACCCGCUCGUCUGCCGCUGCUGCCUGCUGGAGCAGCCGCCGCUCUACCACAGUCUCCAUGACGCCUCUAGUCAGCUGGCUGUGGAGCUGAAGGCCCUGGCUCCCGCCCUGCGUCUGGAUCCGGGCGACAACCUCACCGACGUGAUCUGCGACCUCUGCCUCCGCCGCCUGCACGACGCCCGCGACUUCCAGCGGCGGUGCGAGCACUCCGAGCAGGUGCUCCGCAUGCGACACGAGCACUGGAAGCACACAGUGGCCGUGGGAGACGCCUUGGCCCUGGACGAUGUGCUCGAAUGCCUGGAGCGAGAAGUGGGCAGCUUGGAGGGACCCGUGUCCAUGCCCCUGCAAACCAGCAAGCCAGUGGCCUAUGUGACGCCCUUAAUGGAGACCGUUGAUUUUGAAAGCCUGGACUUCCAAGACAGCUCGCCCAGUGAACAAGAGACUCCCUCAUUCUGGGAAUCGUCGCUGGAUUCAGGCAGCCUAAACACUCCGCUUCACCAGCCGGAGACUGCCGAGCUCUUUGCAGUCGAGCCUGCCACGCUUCCGGAAUCAUCCGAAGAACCGGCUCAGGAAGCCGCAGAAAAGCCCAAGAUGCGGAGGACCAGGCCGCGCCAGGAAAACCUCAAGCCCAAGGAGAAGAAGGCCGCAGGCGCCUUGCACCCGCGAUCCUUGCACCCGUGCGCCGAGUGCGAGAAAAAGUUCACUCGCAACUUUCAGCUCAAGCUGCACAUGUCAGCCGUGCACGGGAUGGGCGAGAUGAGGUACCAGUGCGAGGAGUGCGGCAAGAACUUUGCCUCGCGGCACAGUCUUCGGUACCAUGUCAAGUCGGUGCACUCCACGGAGCGUCCCUUCGGCUGCCAGCACUGCGAGCGACGCUUCAUCUUGCGCACGCAGCUGCUGUCCCACCUGCGGACCCACACGGGCGAGGCCAAGCCGCGCAUAUUCGAGUGCCAACGCUGCUCAAAGAGCUGGCCCACCAAGUCCGACCUCCGCACCCACAUGCGCUCCCACAACCCCAACAUGGAGCGGCCCUUCAAGUGCGAUCGCUGCGCGAAGGCCUUCUUCACUCGUGGCCACCUCAACUCCCACCUGCUGGUGCACACCGGCGAGAAGCCAUUCGCCUGCGAGUACUGUGACAAGUGCUACCAGAGCGUUGGCAACCUGAACAAUCACAUGGUGCGCCUGCACGCAGAGAUCAUCGAGGCCCAGUUGGAGAGCGAGGGUAUCGAGAGUUGAGGCCCACACCCGCAUCCUAGGAAGAGGCUGCACCAAGUAUUAGGGGCGCUGGAGGGGCAAUUACACCGAGUCCACCACCUAUAGCUUUUACAUUACAGUCAAUGUAUUUAUAUAAUAUCAUUUCUUGGCGAAAUAUGAAUUAGCUCCUAACUACACAGUAACUUUAGAGUUAAUUAUUUCAAGUUGUCCAAACAUUCAUUCUGUUUUCUUAUUGAACCAUUCAUUCAAAUUAAUUCCAAGUUAAUAUAUGUAUAAACCUAAGCCUGGAUGAGAUAAUCUACUCAUUACUGUGGUAGUUGCCACUAAUUGCAUAUACAAAUUUACAUCCACUUUCAGUGGUAGUUCUUAAACCAACCCAUAUUGGAAAUAUGUGCAUAUGUGUUCGGCAGCC